AUGGGGGACAGAAGGAGGAGAGGGAGACAGGAGGAGGAGAGGGAGGAGAGGGAGACAGAGGGAGGAGAGGGAGACAGAGGGAGGAGAGGGAGACAGAGGGAAGAGAGGGAGGAGAGGGAGACAGAGGGAGGAGAUGGAGGAGAGGGAAACAGAAGGAGUAGAGGGAGGAGAGGGAGACAGAAGGAGACAGAGGGAGGAGAGGGAGACAGUAGGAGACAGAGGGAGGAGAGGGAGACAGAAGGAGGAGAGGGAGACAGAAGGAGGAGAGGGAGACAGAGGGAGGAGAGGGAGGAGAGGGAAACAGAAGGAGGAGAGGGAGGAGAGGGAGACAGAAGGAGACAGAGGGAGGAGAGGGAGACAGUAGGAGACAGAGGGAGGAGAGGGAGACAGAAGGAGGAGAGGGAGACAGAAGGAGGAGAGGGAGACAGAGGGAGGAGAGGGAGGAGAGGGAAACAGAAGGAGGAGAGGGAGACAGAGGGAGGAGAGGGAGACAGAAGGAGGAGAGGGAAACAGAAGGAGGAGAGGGAGACAGAGGGAGGAGAGGGAAACAGAAGGAGGAGAGGGAAACAGAAGGAGGAGAGGGAGGAGAGGGAUACAGAGGGAGGAGAGGGAGACAGAAGGAGGAGAGGGAGACAGAGGGAGGAGAGGGAGACAGAGGGAGGAGAGGGAGACAGAGGGAGGAGAGGGAGACAGAGGGAGGAGAGGGAGACAGAAGGAGGAGAGGGAGACAGAGGGAGGAGAGGGAGACAGAGGGAGGAGAGGGAGACAGAGGGAGAAGAGGGAGACAGAGGGAGAAGAGGGAGACAGAGGGAGAAGAGGGAGACAGAAGGAGGAGAGGGAGACAGAAGGAGGAGAGGGAGACAGAGGGAGGAGAGGGAGACAGAGGGAGGAGAGGGAGACAAAUUGAGGAGACGGAGACAGAGGGAGGAGAGGGAGACAGAAGGAGACAGAAGGAGACAGAAGGUGGAGAAGGAGACAGAGGGAGAAGAGGGAGACAGAAGAAGGAGAGGGAGACAGAAGGAGGAGAGGGAGACAGAGGGAGGAGAGGGAGACAGAAGGAGGAGAGGGAGACAAAUUGAGGAGAGGGAGACAGAGGGAGGAGAGGGAGACAGAAGGUGGAGAAGGAGACAGAGGGAGGAGAGGGAGACAAAGGGAGGAGAGGGAAACUGGGAUGAGGGGGAGGAGAGGGAGACAGAGGGAGGAGAGGGAGGAGAGAGCAGAGACCAUUUCUCUCACUAUAAUAAGUUAUGGAUUCAGACUAAAUUAAAGCCACAAGCAGCAUUGGUUGGCCUUUCCUCCCAUCUUCAAAAGGAGAAGGGUUAA